AUGGAGGAAUACUUGCGGAAAAGGUACCUGGGGAAGGAGCCCAAAAAAGACAAGCGGAAUAAAAAGGGUGCUGUAAAAAUAUAUGACAGUGAAGAAGAGGAGAGGAAAUUCCAUUCACAGGUAGGAGAUCCCCCCUUGGAAAAUGACCCUUUGGAAGAUAACCCUUUGGUGGAGGGGUCGGACGGAAGUUCCGACAUCCCCAUAACGAUCACGGGAGAGAAUAACAUAGAGAUCGCGAACAUAUCAAAGGAAAGCAAAAAGAAGAUUUUUCUAAGUUUGAAUGGAGGACUCACAGCAGGGAAGUCGAUUGAAGAGACGAGGGAAGAGCUGUGCAAGCCGAGUGUUAAGAGGUUGAGAAAGGGAAAUAACCAAUGCAGUCGGGGAGGACAGAAAGGAGGAUCUAAUGGUGGAAGCAGCAACAAGAGUGAUGAAUCGUCUGGGGGGGAUUCCCCCAAUAGGGACUUUUCCAAGCAUGGCGAUGGAGGAGGGUGUCGCGCAACGGGGGAUAGGCGACGACGUGGCAGAAGAAGCAAUCCUAGUAGUAGUGACUCCGAUUUGUCUUUACCGAGGAGGUUAAGAAGUGGUGGUGAGAGAAGAAGUGGAAAUAGUAGUAGUAAUGACUCCGAUUUGUCCCCCCCGAGGAGGUUAACUAGUGAUGGGAGUGGCAGAAGAAUCAAUCGUAGUAGUGACUCAGAUUUCUCGCCCCCGCUACGGUUACAAAGCCGCGCAGGUGGGAAGCGGCCCCGGUCUGCCUCCACAUCCCAGCAUGUCGGUGAAGACAGUAGCGACACACCUGACGAUAGUAAACCCCCGCGAACUUCGGGGAAAGGCAAAGAAACCCAAGCAGGAAGAUCCCUCGAAAAGGACAAAAAUGAGAACGUUGAGUCCAUCAUCUAUAGGGACAAAACAGGGAAAAUCAUCUCGAGGGAUGAAUGGAUCAGGAAACAGAAGGUGGAGAUGAAUAACUCGAAGGAACUAGAAUGGGCAAGUGGACUGAUUCAGAAAGAAAUGAGAAAAAAAAAUCUGGAGGAAAAUGACAAGCUGGUAAAAAAAAAAAAUAUUGUGAAUUAUGACUACGACUCGGAUUACGAUGUAGAGUUAAGGAAGGCGAAAAGGAAGGAGGAUCCCAUGAAUCAGUAUUUGGAUCAGAAGAAGGAGCAACCGGAAAAGGCGACGUGUCGGUAUCAGUCUCCCUAUAACAGGUUUAACAUCCUCGCCGGCUACAGGUGGGACGGCGUUGUGCGGGGAAAUGAUUUCGAGAAGAGGAGAUUCGAGGCGCUCAAACUGAAGCAGCAUCGGGAAAAACUGGCCUACCUGAACAAUGUGUCGGAUUUGUGA